UGAAAAGAUAAGAAAUCGAUAUAUCGAUACCACCUACGGUUUUUGCAUCGCAAUUAUUAUUAUUAUUAUUUUACAACAAAAUGCGGAGCCAGCGGUUUCUAUUUGUGGCCAUUUUGGCCUGUUUUCUGGCGACCAUCAAAUGCACGCCCCUUAGCGACAUAUCGGAUUCGGAUGAAUCGACUUCGGUGGAUGAGAAGGCACAGAAACGACCAGACGAUUAUAGUGAAUUCGAUGGUUUCCCCUUUCGGGACGAUGAUGAAUCCCUGCUGGAUUCGUCACGGGAGAUGUCUGUCGAAGAUCACAACUGGGAUGUCCUGAUUUUCACGCAACAAUGGCCGGUGACCACAUGCUAUCAUUGGCGCGAGGAUAAACCCGACCAGGAGUGCAGUCUGCCCCAAAAGAAGGAGUUCUGGACCAUCCACGGCAUCUGGCCAACAAAACUGAACCAAAUCGGCCCCAGUUUCUGCAAUAACUCGGCCACCUUUGAUCCAAACAAACUACAUCCGAUUGAGGAUCAACUGGAGACCUUUUGGCCAGAUCUCAAGGGAAUGGACUCCACGGAGUGGCUUUGGAGACACGAGUGGCAGAAGCACGGAACUUGCGCCAUGCUGGUGGAGGAACUGGACAGCGAACUCAAGUACUUCGAGCAGGGAAUCACUUGGCGCGAGAAGUAUAUCAUGUCGCGGAUUUUAGACGCCUCUGACAUCCACCCCGAUUCCAAUAACACGGUGGCAGCCAUCUAUAAUGCGAUAGUCAAGGCACUGGGCAAGAAUCCAUCCAUCCAUUGCCUGUACGAUGGCAAACACGGCAUCAGCUAUCUUUCGGAGAUUCGCCUUUGCUUCAGCAAAUCCCUGGAGCUCAUCGAUUGCGAUGGUGUCAAGCAGGGCGAUGCAGUGCCCGUUGGUGUUCCCGGUGGCACUAUCAUUACCAAUUGUCAUAUCGGUAGCCUUGUGCAUUAUCCCAGCUUGGUGCCACCGCUACAAAGAAAAAGCCAUUGGAAGUUACCUCUCGUGAACGUCUACAAGUUGCUGCAAUUUCUCAUGUGGUUCACCUUGUAAACAGAUCUUUGUGUAACCCAAGCUUGGAAGUAUUUUGAGGAGCGCCUUAGGAGACUCAUCGUUAACUCCAACAUUAUUUCAUACUUCCACUGAUUUGGUGAGCUGGAGAUUCGGAUCUUAGCAAUCAUAAACGAAGAAAAAACACUAAUUUUUAAAUACUUGCAAAUCUAGUAAAUUAUAAACAAAAGAUGUCAUAUUUUAUAUUAUAUACUUAAAAGGAUCUACCAAUUUAUACAAUCUAUUGUUUGGUUAUCCACCCGUAAUUCAAUAGGAAUAUUUAAAUUGUACAAAACAUCUUACAAUUAAUCAAGCUGUAUUUGAUUUCACACUUAUUAGUUUAUAGACUCCCUUUUGUUGACCUAAACUUUGUGUUGUUUCUAUCUAAAGGUUAAAAGCAUAUACUUCCAUUAAAAGACACUCAUUAUGUUUAUAUUUGAUUUAUCAAAGUUCAUUUCAAAUUCAUAGAUAUUAUAUUUAUGACUAUUAA